AUGACCGACGCCCAGCUGGCUGCCCUGGGCGCCGUCUGCACCCGCUACCCCGACGUCUCCCUCACCUUCGAGGGCCCCCCCGGCGGCGCCGUCGAGGCCGGCGACACGUCGGCGGUGUCAGUCUCCCUCGAGCGCGACACCGACGGCCUCGCCCUCGGCCCUGGCGGCGAGCUGCCGCCGGUCCACGCGCCGCGCUUCCCCGGGCGCCGCGACGAGGGCUGGUGGCUCGUGCUCGGGGACCCGAAGGCAAACAAGCUGCUGGCGAUCAAGCGCGUGUCGCUCGCGGCGGCGGCCAAGGUGAAGCUCGCGUUCGAGGCGCCGGCGGAGGUGGGGGCGGCGAAGCUGACGCUGUUCUACAUGAGCGACAGCUGGCUGGGGUGCGACCAGGAGUACGAGGUGGAGUUCAGGGUCACGGAGGCCGCGGCCGGCGGCAGCGGCAGCGACGAGGAGGGCUCCGAGUGA